CGGUUCCUGUCGAAAACAUUCACAUUUAUCUAAUGUUUUCUCGCGCGCGUGUACGUGUGUCCGUAGUGUGCUGUACGUGUGAUGUGAUUGUUGUCGACUGUUUUAACAGAAAAAUAGAAAAACAGUUCGAUCCAUUCACGGUGAACCUUCCCGCUUUGUCUCAAGUGUGACGGAUGAGAUUCGUGUUGUUAUUGUUGUUCAUGGAAGUGAUAGGCUAACUAUUUUUCGUGCGUAAAGAAAACAAACUGAUUGCACACUGCACGUUGCUCUAAGUUUGCAAUUGGGCUGGCCCUGGGAUGUCGAUGUUGGGCCGAGUUUCCUUUGAUGUUACCGUAGGUAGGCGGUAUAAUGGUCAAGGUUCUCAUAAAAUCGAUUUACCGAAUGUAAACACCGAGCAGAAUAGCCAGACGGCGGCGUAGUUGGCCGUGGCAAAAGUUCACAACUGCAGUGGUUCGGAUCGGAAACAAUCGAGCGUGAAGGUGCUGAUAUUCGGAAGGGGAUUUGGGAAAAUUUCCUAACCGGAGAAAACAUUUAAGCUUAGCAACGAUGGAUUCCGAUGUUCCAUAAGGUAUAAGACGACUCGUUAGAUGCACCAAGGAAGACCAAACGCUGGUAGUUGCGUGUCUUCAGUAGUCCCUCUUGAUUAAGGCGAGGAAUCACCAUCGAACAGUCAACAGUAGCAGAUAGAAAUAAAAAGAACUCCGAAAAGUGAACACCAAGAAACGACGACAACUUUUUCACGCGGCCAGAAUCGGUGUCACUAGCGGAAAGGGAACGCGCUUCUUGACUGACAUAACCGCGGAUUUGAGCGUAGGUAUUAUUUUUACUUUCCCAACGCACCUCCCCGCGGAGAAGGUGACGGGCAGAAUGAAGUGAUCCAACGCUUUCACUGAACGUUUGUUGUCGUCGCGUAAUUUCUACCCCAGUGUUUGUCUGUGGCGUGACGCGCACGGCCAUUCAACUUAUUACACGAUAACCAGCAACCCGCGCUAUCGCUUCCUCACCUCGGAUCGGGUCGCACCGAUUUGUGUGCUACCGGAAAAGCGGUGGCGACGAAAGCGAAAGUGAACUUCCGUCUGAGAGCGUCCAGCAAGAACCGCGAGAACCCGUAGAACCAACCAUCCACUCCGGACGGCCGGACAGCAGCAUACACUACCGCGCAAAUGAAGAAGGUAAUGAUCCCUUCGCUGGAUAUGAAAAAGAGCAUUUCCGUCAAGGUAGAUAGUGAUCUGACAUUGCUGCUGUCCAGUGGAGUGUACGAAAUCAAAAAGAUGGAGCCCCGCCGGAGGCUCCGACCGAUCGUCAUCGUCUGCCUGUUCCUCACCAUUGCCGGCAUCGUCGGGUUCGGGUACUUCUGUCCGGAUCAGGUGUGUGCCCUUUCGCGGCGAGACGUUAGCUCACCGAUGGGCCUCGGCGGUGGUGGAGGGCCCCCGGCAAGCACCGGCCAGGAGCUGGCGGGUGGCUACGAGCACGACAACCUCGGCAAACCGGUCCAGCAGAAUCUGCUGGCGAACCCGGGGCUGAGCUACGAGGAGGUCCUGAACGACGACUUCCAGUUCGACAUGAACGCGCACGACGUGAUGGUGUUUCUGCACAUCCAGAAAACCGGCGGCACCUCGUUCGGUAAACACUUGGUGCGUGAUUUGGAUCUCAAGCGUCCCUGCACCUGCCAGCGCAAGAAGAAGCGCUGCUACUGCUUCCGGCCGCACCGGAACGAGAACUGGUUAUUCUCGCGCUACUCGACCGGCUGGAAGUGCGGCCUGCACGCCGACUGGACCGAGCUGACCGGCUGCGUCGACCAGGAGCUCGACAAGAACGAGGGCGAAACGGCCAAGCGGCGCUACUUCUACAUCACGCUGCUGCGCGAACCGAUCGCGCGCUACCUGUCCGAGUUCCGGCACGUGCAGCGCGGGGCCACGUGGAAAAACGCGCGCCACUGGUGCCUCGGCCGGCACGCCACGCCCGACGAGCUGCCACCCUGCUACGACGGUGCCAACUGGAACGGGGUGGCGCUGGACGAGUUCGCCGGGUGUGAGAGCAAUCUGGCCGCCAACCGGCAGACCCGUAUGCUGGCCGAUCUCGCCCUGGUCGGGUGCUACAACAAGACGUACAUGCCGGCGGCCGAGCGGGACCGGAUCAUGCUGGCCAGCGCCAAGCGCAACUUAGCCGCCAUGUCCUACUUCGGGCUGACCGAGUACCAGAAGAUCUCGCAGUACAUCUUCGAGGAAACGUUCAAUCUGCGGUUCGCGAUACCGUUCGAGCAGCACAACACAACCGUGUCGACGGUGACGAUGCACGGUCUGACGACGGCCCAGCGCGCCCGCAUCGACAAGCUGAACGCGCUCGACAUCGAGCUGUACGCGUUCGCCAAGAAGCUGAUGUUCCAAAGAUUUGAAAGGCUGAAAGCCAAAGAUAACGACUUCGAGGUGCGCUUCGCCCAUCUCGGAAACCUGGGCGUGCGGAACGGCGUGACGGAGUUCAACUGGGACAGCAACAUCGACGACAUGCCGAGCAACGAGCACCACUGAUAUCGGCCCCCGCGGGGUCGUCCAUCGGGUGCGCUUCCGUUCGAUGGUGUCGCAUCGCGACCGUCGGGCUUCCGUCGUCCGAAGAAUCUGUUGCCCGGGCGGCGUCGUAGUGGCAACGCUGGCGGCCCGUUGCCGGCCAUCGGCCCAUCGUUCCACGUCGCUUCGCCCGUGGCGUCCGCAGGCAGCACCCACGGUGGCGUUCAUCAAAACCUAAUCAAUCACCAUCAUCGCAUCGAUGGACCGGCCACGGACGGUGCCGCCGACGUUGACAACCCCAUUAGUGUUAAGCCCAACUCAACUAGUCCCCGAAGCGACCGUAGGCGUAAGAAGACUCAGCAGCAGCAGCAACCGGAAGGCAACAGCAAAAAGCACGGGAACAAUUCGACAAAUCCGACGGAAGCAGCAGCGGGUGCAGCUACUAAGCUGUUGCAGCGAUAGUGUGCACUCCCGGUGAUGAGAAUGGCCGACGCUGGUGCCGCUACCUGAAAAACGCUAAUCCUAUCAUACGCUGACACCCUUUCCCGAUCGAUGCUGAUGCCGAUGACGGAGAAAAUGCACCACAGAAACCCAAUCUCCCCCCCGUGCAGUUAUUAGGAAGCCUUCGCGUGUUCGUGGGGGGAAGCUUAUUACGGU